UGGUGAUGUCUGUCUUGCCUGUACAGAUUCACCUGUUACUCGAGAAUGUCUUUACACAAUGACAUGUGAAUCACACGAGAGUUGCUAUGCUGACGCAUUUGAGAAUCCAAAUGGUGACAUCGUUUUCAAUUUGGGCUGUCGGGAUAGACAACUCUGUGGCUCUUUCGGCAAACGCGAAGUGGUAACCCGAUCCAACGGUAAUACGCAGCUGUGCGCUCAGUGUUGCUUUGGAAACCUUUGCAACGCUGCCCUCUGUGGACAAACUGGACUGCCCUCUGUUGGCCCCGUGUGUUUUAAGUGUGAUCAGGCCAACACACCGAGCUCGUGCAACACGAUAGCGCUAUGUGGAAGGGAUGACGUAUGCCACGUAGAGAAAACCAUUGGUUCGCUAACCCACGCUACGCUAUACAAGUCAGGAUGUCUACACAAAACCAAUUGUGAUAGACACGCUCAAAGCCUAAGUUUGAUUGGAAGGAAGCGAUAUGACAACACAGUUAUGUCAGACCAAGGCCCAUGCACAGGAAGCCCGUGUAUCCAUGGCAGAUGUUUUGAAAGCAGCACCGACUACGCUUGUCAGUGUGAGAAUGGCUGGCAGGGGAAGAACUGUGAUCAAAACAGCAAACUGCAGACUACAUGA